CGGCAGGGCUGCCGGCCGGCGGGCGGGGGCCUGGAGGGGGUCCGGCCGCCCGGGGCUCAGAGGGCGGAGGGGGCUGCACAUUUAAGCCCUGGGGGCUCGCUGCCAGCUCGCCCGGGCCCGAGUAACUUCACCGCAGGAGACAGCGGCGGCAGCCUGCGGCUGAGACCGGGCGGGACGGACGAAACGACAGACCGACGGACGGACGGACGGACUGACGGGCGCUCGCAGUAGGACGGAGAGGAUAAGCAAGAGCUCCUUGCCCCGACCUGCCUGAGGCUGCAGCCGGCGCCUCCCCCCCCCCCCCCCCCCCGGUGCUCGGGCAGCGCCGGGGCCGGCCCCGGAGGCGCAGCCGGGAGCGGGUCCCCGGUGCCGGGCAGCGCCGCUCCCCCUUCCCUGCCCUCCCUCCCUUCCCGCAACCGCCCCCGGGGGGGGAGGUAGAGAGGGGGCGCCGGCCCCCGCGGCCCCCCGGCAGCUCCUCGGCCCCCGGCUCCGCCGCGCUGCCCCGGGGCGAUGCGUGGGGUGAGGGCGGAUGGGCGGACAGGUACAGGUGCCCAUCUCCUGCGCGCAGGGCGAACGCGGGCGUCCCAGCCCGCCUCCUCAAACGGGAGGGAAACAAAGGCGGCGAGGGAGGCAGGGAGAGUUGCCUGCAAGUUUAGCGCCCUUCAGUCGUGACUCGCAAAGAUAAAUGAGAGUUUGGAGGUGCGCGCCGUUCAUCAACGCUCCGGCUGCCUUACAGCGUGUGCAACCCGCAGAUCAUUAGGUUAAAUGGAGGACACUCGUGUCCUUCCAGAAUCAAUGCAAUUAUUGUUGGCAACAAGGACAACAAUUGGAGCGGCAGCACUAAUUUUACUAACCUGCUAUUAAUUAUGGUGUCCCCCACGCCCCAGACGGCGUUUAUAACCCGCGGAAGCGAGCGGUGCCGGCUGCUUCUGUUUUAAAACGGGAAAAGUUGGAAGCGGAGUGCCUGGUCGCGUUGGAAAGUGUUAAUCAGUAGGAAAGAGUGUGAUCAGUGGAGCUAUUCACUUGAACGUCACUCUGGUGCGGGGGGUUAGCGGAGCGGCUGUGGCGCCUGGGGACCGGCGGCGCCGCGCAGGUACUGCGCGCCGAGCAAUGCCCGCGCUGCUGCGCGCAGCUCCCCGCGGAGUCCGCCCGCGCAGCCGAGAGGAGCGAAGCCCUGCCAUGGCACAGCCGGCGCUGCGAGGGUUCAGCCGAAGCCUGGCGUGAUCGCAGCAUCUAGGGACCUGUGGUUACCAAUCAAUUGGUACAAUAGAGCAGAGCCAGGCUGCAAUAGCGUGCAGAUCAGACGUCUCGCCUUGUUUCUAGAUAACUGGGAGCCUCUGUACCAUGUCAUAUCCUCAGUUUGGCUACCCUUACUCCUCUGCACCCCAGUUCCUGAUGAGCACCAACUCCCUGACGACCUGCUGCGAGUCCAGCGGCCGGACACUGGCCGAGACGGGGGCGGCCGCCUCCGCCCAGACCCCCGUCUACUGCCCGGUGUACGAGAGCCGCCUGCUCGCCACCGCCCGGCACGAACUCAACUCCGCCGCCGCCCUGGGGGUCUACGGCGGCCCCUACGCCGGUCCCCAGGGUUAUGGAAACUACGUGACCUACGGCACCGAGGCUCCCGCCUUCUAUUCCUUGAACAGUUUGGAGGCGAAGGACGGGAGCGGGUCUGCGCAUGCGGGCAUCGCCCCGGCGGCUGCCUAUUACCCCUACGAUCACAGCCUCAGCCAGUACCAGUACGACAGGUACGGCACCAUGGACGGCGGGACGCGGAGGAAAAACGCCACCCGGGAGACGACCAGCACGCUGAAGGCCUGGCUGCAGGAGCACCGCAAGAACCCCUACCCCACCAAGGGCGAGAAGAUCAUGCUGGCCAUCAUCACCAAGAUGACCCUCACCCAGGUCUCCACCUGGUUCGCCAACGCCCGCCGGCGGCUCAAGAAGGAGAACAAGAUGACCUGGCCCCCGCGGAACAAGUGCUCGGAUGAGAAGCGGCCCUACGAGGAAGAGGAGGAGGAGGAGGAGGAGGGUUCGCAGGAAGAGGCGAUGAAGAGCGGGAAAGCCGAGGAACCCACGGGCAAGGAGGAGAAGGAGCUGGAGCUCAGCGACCUGGAGGACUUGGACGCCGCCGAGUCGGAGAGCUCGGAGUGCGAGCUGAGGCGGCCCUUCCCGCACCCGCUCCCGCUCCCGCUCCCGGGCGGCAGCCACCCGCCGCGGGCCGCCGAGCCCCCCGCCAAGAUGCCGCCGGCCGCCGCCGCCGAGGAGGAGGAGGAGGAGGAGGAGGAGGAGGAGGAAGGGGGGGCGGCGGCGGAGCGGGCGCGGAGCUGCCUGAAGCCGGCGGCGGAGGAGUGCGGCCCCGAGCUGCUGGGCGGCCGGCAGCGCGGCUGCGAGUCCAAGGUGUGCUUCCAGCAGGGGCAGCAGCUGCUGGAGGCGAAGCCGAGGAUCUGGUCCCUGGCGCACACCGCCACCUCCCUCAACCAGGCCGAGUACCCCUCCUGCAUGCUGAAACGGCAGGGGGGCCCGGCCGCCGCCGCCCCCCCCGCCCCGGUCAGUGUCAUCGACCGGCACCAGGAUUCGCCGGUCACCAACCUCAGGAACUGGGUGGACGGGGUCUUUCACGACCCCCUGUUCAGGCACAGUACUUUGAACCAAGCCCUGGGCAACACGACAGUUUCCUGGGCUACCACCAAAGGAGCCAUUCUGGAAACGGGCGCCUUGGGACGCGCGGUGGGGAACGGCGCCAACGUGCUCAAGGGGCAGCUCUCAAACUUGGCCCACCAUGACUCAAACAAAGAGUUUCUGGCGUUUCCCAAAUCAGGAAGCAAAAUGUUUUGUUCCUAACAGGCCCGCCGAGGGGCGAAGGACUUUCUAACGCUUGAAGAGUCAGCUACACUGAAAAGAGACUUGCGAGAGUUUAAAUAUCAAACUUUUCCUUUUUUUUUUUUUUU